AUAUUCCACACUUAUGGUCACCAGCGGCCUUGUCAAAUUAUUUACCAUCCCAGGAAAUGUGAAGGUUUUGGACUGUCUGAUGGUGAGGGGUGUGAACAACUAUGGAGUUCUCUAAAGCAACUCAUCCCCUCCCUAUGUGUUUCUGGGUUCAAUCAGUGUCUUUUCAUGCUUGAUACUCAAAUUUGCCACCUUGGCAUGAGAUCGCUGCAAGGAUUUGGCCAUUGGCUUCAUCGGCAUUGGAUACACUGCCAGAUGAAGAAGAAUGCGGCUCUGGACAAUUUACAAGACUUGGGCCUCAAUGGGGAUAUGCUUCGUGCAGAGUGGAAGGCUCAGAUUGCACACCAGACACGACCUGCUCCAUGUCAAUCCAGGAACAAGGCGGCCGAGGUCAUCACCACUAUCCUUGCAUUGGAGAAGACUUUAGAUGCACAUGACACUUCUGUCUGUGAACUGGAGGCGUAG